AAUGGAAUAUCGUCCUCCUAAUGGUUUCAUGAGCUUCCUUCAAGACCAAAGUCACCCCAACUUCACCUUGCCAGCCCCGCAGCAACUUGGUUUCCAAUAUCCAAUGUUCUGCACGCAGCCACCGCCGCCACCAGCCAAGCACCACUCUCUUCCAUCACCAUCUGAUCCCAGGACCACAACUCCAUCGAACAAGCGAAAACGAGUUACAAUUGAUGUGGAAGCAGAUGAUGAAGAUAGUCACAGGUUGUAUUAUACAAAAGUUGAGGAUAUCAGAUUGGUGAGUGCUUGGUUGCGCAACUCUGUGAAUCCUAUCGAUGGGAAUGCAAAGAAGGGAGAAUACUACUGGAAGGAGGUUGCUGAUGCAUACAACAGCACAACUGAGAGUGACCGAAAGAGGGAUGUGAAGCACCUGAAGAACCAUUGGCACAAAACAACAAAGAAGGUAACCUCUUUCAAUGGCUGCUAUAACCAGAUCAGAGACACCUAUGCGAGUGGCCGGUGUGAUCAACAACUGAUGCAACAAGCUCUAGACCUGUACCAUAGCCGCAAUGGACACCAGUUCAUGUAUGUACAUUGGCGGGAAGCUGUGAAGGAAAGCCAAAAGUGGAAGAUUCAUGUAUACACAGAAGGAGAUGGAACAAAGAGGUCACCACCAGUCCCAACUGAGAAUGCUCAGCGUCCCCCGGGUGUCAAGAGGGCGAAGAAAGCUAUAGGAAAAGAUAAGGAAGCCCCUACUGAGAUGAAUAACAUGCAAGAACAGAUUGGGGCUUUUCUAAAAGCACAAGCUGACACUAAGGCACAAACUGAUGAGAUGAUGGAAUUGCAGAGUCGUCUAUCUGCUCAGAAGGUAGAAGCUAACCGACUUGCAUAUGAGGCAGCAAAGGAGAGGACAGUGGCAAAGUUAGCUGAGGAAAGAACCAAGCGGUUUGACAAGUUCACAGAGAUGUUGAAUACCGACACUACAAGGAUGGAGCCAUGGGCAAAGGAGAUGCAUGUGAGGGCUGUCACAAGACUAGGGGAUCAACUUUUCAAGGAUGAAUAGAAGGUUUUCUAUAUAUAUGUUUAGCAAAAACGGGUUUCAUGUGCCAGGAAGUGUAGAAGAUGGGAGACUUUUUUUGGAAUGAGAAGAAUCAAAGGAUACAGCAACAAAUUCAGUCUGAACUUCAAAUAAUUUGAUAUGUGUGUUUAACA